AUGAAAUUUAGUCAAACCCCAAAAUCCACUUUAACCGAAAAUUUCAAUCCACCUCCUGGAUAUUAUAUUGGGAAUGAUUUAAAUGAUAUGCUGAAUACCAUCAAGACUAAACCACCCCAAUAACAAUUCUCGAGAUCUGAUCGAUUUGGAGAUAUUCAAACAAACAUUCUUCCUCAGAGUAAAACUGUAGAAGGAUUCGACAAAAUUGCCUACUAAGCUUCUCUCAAACAUUCCUUUUAAAAUCAAAAACUAAAAGAUCACAACUAUGUAUAUUAAGCAUAAUCUUAGCAAUAAUUGAAGAAGACUCAAGAUGUUGAUAAGAAAAUGAAGAACUUACUUAUCAAACAAAUGGAAAACUGUUUGAACUAAUAACUCGAAAUAACACCAUCAGGACAAUGUGUUUUGGAUAAAUCUAAACUGUUGCAAAAGUUAUAAACCAUUGCUCCAUUACAACCUCCCGGUCCUGGACAUUACAAUUCUAAUGAAACCUUAAUUAAGCCCAGAGUAAGAGGAGCAAUCAUCAAAGAGGAUAGCAAAAGAACAACAUUCUAAGAGCCAUUCUUGACAGCCGAUGUGAUCUAUGGAAAGUAAUUAACUAAUAAUGGAUAAAACGAAUCUGAAUCUAAUAUAUCACAAAAGUAGAAGCAGAAGAAAAUCAAAUUUAUUCAAGGAGAUGAAUAUAACUUAGAAAAAUUAUUUGAAAAAGAUAAGAAGAAGAAAGAAAGACAAACUGCUCCCCCACCUGGUCAUUAUGAAAUCGAAUCCCAAUUCGGAAAAAUUACAGAAUUGAACUAUUAAAAUUAAUGCUUUGAUAGUAGAGAACCCAGAUUUAAAUACAUUUCAGAUGAAAAUCCAGGACCUGGUUAAUAUAAAGCCGAUAAUUAAUUUAAUGAAUUUGGUGGAUAUAUGUCAAAACUACCUAGAUAACCUCCAAAAGAUAAUAUGAUUGUUCCUGUUGGGAAUUACAUUGUAUAAGAUUUAUCAAGACCUCAAAGAAAAGAUGGGCUCUUUCCAUCGAGUUUUGGAUCUGGGUCUAAGAGAAUGAAAGAAGUCGUCAUAAAUAGUGAAGUUCCUGGUCCUGGUAGUUAUGAUAAUUUGGUUUAAAAAAAGAAGCAAUUUAAAUAUGUGUUUAGAAAGAAAGAGAAACGACCUACUAUUGAAAAGUAUCCUGAAUCCUUUGGUUUAUCAGUAGCCAAAGAAUUAGUGUCUGUCAAUACCACAAAGGAACGAAGCAAAUCUCUUCAAAAACCAUAAUAAUCCUCUAUGUUUUCUUCGAAUGUCCAAAGAUUUAAGGAUAAAAAGAUCACAGAAGAGUUAGGCCCAGGAAGUUAUACAGUGCAUGAUCAGUUUACGAAAACAACUUUUAAUUAAGGAAAUGAUAUCUUUGGAAAGGGUUAAAGAAUCUAAUAAUAAUAAUUCUAAGAAAUAGGUCCAGGGGCUUAUGAUGGAGAUUACAAGGUUCUUAAGAAGAAUUUUGUUAGAGAUGUUCAUUUUUGA